AAUGCCUACAUAUAUUGCAUGCGUUCAUGUGAUCAUCUGCUUAACAGAGCUGGCGAUAAGGUAUAUAUGGAUAAAACAUACGUCUCCAAUAUGCUGAAGAAAGACGUAAAAAUAUAUCGCCAUAUCAUAGAGCAGGCAUAUAUUUAUCUAAAGCAUGACAUGAUCUUCCUACCGAUAAAUAUCAGUAAGACCCACUGGUAUUUAGCGGUCAUCAAUGCGAAGAAACGCUUGAUACAAGUAUUAGACUCACUUGGUCCUGGAAUGGGUAGAACUGACCUCACGUUUAUGCCCCGAGGACUUGAGAAGCACUUAAAGACUGCAUCCCAAAGAAGGGGAUUUGACAAAGGUGAAAAGUGGCACGAUCUCGAUGUCACGACAUGGCCAAUAGUAGAGCAUAUCCGAAAACCACCGCAGACUGAUGGCGCAUCGUGCGGGUUGUUCAUGUUAAAUUUUAUGGAAUAUUGGACAGGCGAUAUGCUUUCUGACUGCAUCACUCAAGAGGAUAUGAAAGCAUUCCGAAGAAAAUUAAUUGUCAUAUUGCAUGAUUCGGAACUAAAUAAAAUAAGAGGCAAUUCGAUAUAUAAUCAAUCUAAAGAUCAAGAAAAUGGAUCCGAUUCUGAUAUUACGGAAUCGCCAAGUCUAGGUAAAGAACACCAAGGAGAUGUAGCCAAAGAAAAUAUCCAGCUUCGUAUUUGCACCUUGUCCACCAAACCACAUGAGUUUGUUGACGAGAUAUGCAAAUACAUCAUGUCCAUUGACGAUGAAACCUGUUUGAAAAAAGAAUGGGUGCGAAGCUCCACACCUUAUCCACUAGGAUUAACUCUAAAGCAAAUUUAGGACAUACUCAGGAUGGACAAGCCAAUGGACAAGGAUUGUUUUAACAUGGCUGUGUGCAUAGUGGCAUGUGAUGAGAUACAAUUUUUGAUAGAGCCUCCCGUGCAUAACAUGGACUUAAGAUUUUGUGUAAGUUAUUAUAUUCGCAUAUUUAUUGUCACUGUUAUGGUUCUAAACCUUUUAUUUCAUCUCACUCGGCGAUACUCGAUGGUAGAAAACAUCCACUUUGGCGUGUCAAGCCAGAUAUUAAGGAGUUGGCAACAUUUUUA